AUGGAUGAGCGUUUAAGUAUGACACAGAUGAAAAGUCUUUUCAUAAUUCCCCUUCUUUUAAUGCAAAGCUCAGCCAGUGUUGUGAUGAGUUUUGGAAGUCAAAAUGCAUCAUCUGAAUUUGUUCUUCGAGGUGAUUACACAGUUGGAGGAUUGUUCAGUCUACAUGCCUCUGGGGCCGUCUUGACUUUGGAAGAUACAAGUGUGAUAGAGAGCUGUUCCAGUUUGCAUGUCAAUCCUGCUGGCUACCUUAACCUUCAGGUCAUGAGAUUUGCAGUCGAAGAGAUAAACAAUAGCAGCAGACUUCUACCGAAUAUAACGCUGGGGUAUGAGAUUUUGGACACUUGCUACAUUUACAACAACAUUCAACCAGCUCUGGCUUUCAUGUCGAGAGAUUAUGUUUUUGAUACAGAGGCCAAUUACACUAACUACAUUCCGAAAGUUAUAUCCGUGAUUGGUCCUGAUAACAGUGAUUCGGCUGAGACCACAGCUGACCUUUUUAACCUUCUGCUGAUUCCACAGAUUAAUAUUUUUGCAACAAGCAAACGACUAAGUGACCUCAGUCUGCCUUCCUGUUUCCAGACCAUUGCCAGCAGCAAGACACAACAAGGAGCCAUUAUAGAUAUUCUCACUUUUUUUAAUUGGACCUGGAUCGCUGUUCUGGGAAGUUCCGAUGAAUAUGGUCACCAUGGGAUACAGUCUUUAAUAAAACUUGCAUCAGAUGAAGACAUCUGUGUGGCCUACCAGGGGACUAUACCUAUCAAAAUUCCUGGCAAGGAAAAGGAAUGGAACAACAGCAUUUUGCAGAUUGUCCAUAACGUCACAGCGGUUAAUGUCAACGUAAUUGUAGUGUUAUCGGUGGACAUCGUAGUCCUUGAUUUCUUUAGACAGGUGCUCGAUACUAAUCUCCAAGGGAAGGUCUGGAUUGCUACUGAGACCUGGUCUUUGUCUACAGUAAUUUACAAUUUACCAAACAUCCAGAGAUUAGGGGUGGUACUUGGCAUUGCCGCCAAAUAUGUUGAUAUUCCAGGAAUUGAGGAAUAUCUUUCAGAUGCGUACAAUCAAACAAAGGGAAAUUCAUUAAAUCCAGAUAUGAAAGACUGCAACCAGGACUGCCAGACUUGUCUGAAUUCUACAGAGAGCUCUUCCUUCAGCUUCUCAGAAGACAGAGUGAGCUUCAGUAUCUACGCAGCAGUGUAUGCUGUGGCACAUGCUCUGCAUAUAGUUCUUGGAUGUAAUGACACAUACUGCAACAAAAUUGAUGUUUAUCCAUGGCAAAUCACAGAUGCUUUUGGACAAGUGAAUUUUUCUCUGCUAGGUAACCUUAUAAAUUUUGACCAGUAUGGUGACUCUCCUACUGGAUAUGACAUCGUCACCUGGAAUUGGUUGGGAAAAACUAAUUUUGAAAAUGGUGGGUCCUACCCUGAACUAGGAAACCUUGUUAUCAAUCCAGACAAAAUCAAGUGGCAAACAGCAAAUAACCAGGUACCUUCGUCUGUGUGUUCUCCUGAAUGUCGAUCAGGACAGGAGAAAAGGCAAACAGGAAACUACAAUUGCUGCUUUAUCUGUGUCAACUGUUCUGCUGGGCAAUACCUCAAUGAAAAUGGUAUUUGUAUGGAGUGCAGCCAACACCAAUGGUCAACAGAGGGAAGUACCUUCUGUUAUGCCAAAAUAAGAGUGUUCCUGACAUGGCAUGAUACUUUAACCAUCGCAAUAUUUACGAUAACGAUCCUAGGAAUGUUGCUUACGGUGGUGGUGAUUGUGACUUUUAUUGUCCAUUUAAAGAGCCCAGUGGUUAAAGCUGCUGGAGGUAAAAGGUGUUUUCUUAUGCUUCCUGCCCUGGCAACAGCCUAUCUCAGCAUUUUGGCCUACCUUGGUGAGCCAGACACAAUGAAGUGCAUUUUAAGAUUACCGUUUUACAGCCUUGCCCUCACCAUUUGCUUUUCCUACAUUUCAAUCCGGUCUUUUCAGAUCGUUUGUAUAUUUAAGAUGUCUUCCAAACUACCAGCCACCUACGAUUAUUGGGUGAAACGAAAUGGACAAUAUGUUUUCUUCAUCAUACUUUGCAGUACCCAGGUUCUUAUCUCUUGUGUCUGGGUAAGCGUCAACCCUCCUACGGAAUCCACCAAGGACUUGACCUCUGAUACGGUUUUAGUGUCUUGCAGCCAGUUUACCUCCACAUACAAUAUCCUCCAGUACAGCUACAAUGCAUUUCUCAGCCUCAUGUGUUUUACGUUUGCUUACAUGGGUAAGGAAGUGCCCAAAAAUUACAAUGAAGCCAAGUGCAUUACAUUUACCAUGCUGAUUUACUUUGUAAUAUGCAUUUUUUUCUUUACUGCCCAACUUAUUGAUGUUGGGGAAUAUGUCAAUCCAAUAAAUGCAGGUCUGGCUCUGGCCAGUCUUCUGGGCAUCACAGGAGGGUAUUUCAUGCCAAAAUGCUAUAUCAUUUUCCUAAGACCCCAGCGUAACACAACCAAGUACUUCCAAUCAACCAUCCAGUCAUACACAAAAAGGGGUACAGGGAGCACAAAGUUCUGAUGUCUCGAACUAUACAGUGGGUUACACAUAAAGAUGCAUUUCUAGCUUGUAUAUAAAACCCCACUGGUAGUACAAUGUAAUAAAAUUGAGGUUUUGAUUACAGUUUCUGUAAAGUGUGAUGAGUGAGUUAUUUGCUGUAGAAGAACCCUGUUACAAACAAAUUGUACACGACCGAUUCUGUCUCAUGUUAAGCAGUCAAUCACAGAAGCCAACAAAAGUUCUGAGAUGGAACAAAUUAAACAGUGGAUCCACUUUGAGACAAACAUUGUCUGUUAGUAUGUGUCUCUAUCAUAUGAUUCCAUAUGUGUCUACUGCUCAUUGCACAGGAUCAUGCUU